UGACCUGUUAGUACUAGUAUUUAUUAUUGCUAUUAUUGGACAGCAUAACAGUUGAAAAGGUAGCAUGUUUUUUAAUGAAUGAAAAAGCUGAAAUCAGCAUACUGUCCCCUUAUUUUACUUUAGCUUUUCAUUUCAAAAAGCUAUUCUUACAACUUAAUUUAACUCUCUUCUUGAAUCCUCCUCCACCUCACAAUCUCACAUCACCAAACUCCACAUGCAAACACCAACAAGCAAACAACACCUUUAAACCAAACAGUUACCAAACCCCACUUUCCAUUUUCUUAAUUAUCUAUUCCUUCCCCUUUUCCUUCAUAAAAACCAAAUAACACUUUCCAUUAUCACACACACCACAAAAUUUCAUGGCCAAUACAUCAUCAUGUACCUCAUCAACAUAUGAUAAUUCCUCCUCCUCCUCUUCUUGUUCCACCACCACCAUCACCACCGCCAAACGCCAAAAGCACCACCACCAUCACCAUCAAGAUGAUCCUCUUCUCAUACCUGGUCUCCCUGAUCACAUAGCUCAACUAUGUCUCUCUUCAAUCAAUCCUUCUCUUCUCUUCAAAGUAUGUCACUCAUGGCGUAGACUCAUCUAUUCCCCUUCUUUUCCACCUUUCUUCUCUCUCUAUGCCAUUCUCUCUCCACCCAAAUCACACCAUAAUUCUCACUCAAUCCAAUUACACAACUUUGACCCUAUAUCAAACACAUGGCACAUCCUCCCUCCACCUCCACCACAAAAACCACCACUCCACCACAUCCUCCUCCACCAUCCAUCCUUCCUCUCUCGCAAUCUCUCCGUCCAAUCAAUCUCCGUCUUCGACAACCUCAUCCUCCUCGCCGCCACCACCCAUAACCUCACCCCAGCACUCUCCCAUCCAUUAAUCUUCAAUCCAAACGAAGGCUGGUCUGUCGGACCAGCCCUCAAUACACCACGUCGCUGGUGUGCACUAGGCACAUCAGACAAAGUGGUAUAUGUUGCAAGUGGCAUCGGGUCCCACUUUUCCAUUGAAACAGCAAAAUCAAUAGAAAAGUGGGACCUGAUCAACGGUACUAAUUGGGAAAAGAAAGCCGAGAUGAAGGACGGACGGUUUAGCAGAGAAGCAGUUGACGCCGUUGGAUGGAGGGGGAAGCUUUGUAUGGUUAACGUAAAAGGCGAUGCGGCGAAAGAAGGAGUUGUGUAUGAUGUUGAAGAGGAUACAUGGAAGGAGAUGCCAGAGGGAAUGUUGUUAGGGUUUAGAGGACCGGUGGCGGCGAUGGAGGAAGAAGUGAUGUAUGUGGUGGAUGAAGCUAAAGGUAUUAUGAGUAGAUACAAUCCUGAAGAUGAUGUUUGGGAAGAAAUUUUGGUGUCUCAGAGACUCAAAGGAGCUGAACAAAUGGUUGCAAAACGAGGUAGGAUUUGUGUGGUUUCUGCCGCUGGGAUCUCUGUUGUUGAUGUUGUGGCGGAGCCGCCGAGAAUCACGGUUGUUGAGCUGCCGGAGGGGUUUGAAGCGGUGGCUGUUCAUGUCUUACCGCGGAUGCCGGUAACUGAUUUUUCUGUCCAAAAAUGAGUGAAUGAAUUACUUAUUUUUUGUGUAAGGAAAAAAUAAUUAAAUAAAAUACGAAAAAUGAAUUUGUGUAGGAAAAAAUAAUUAAAAAAUACGAAAAAUGAAGAUACUAGUAAAAAUCUAACUUUUUUUUUUGUUUAUUUUUUGUUUUUGGUAAAAGAUUAAAAAAAGAGUAAUUUUGUUGUACUUGAGUUUGAAUAGUCGUUUUUGUUUUGUUGUGGGCUAUGGGAUGAGCUGACAUUAGAUAUUUGAAAUGAAAGCUGAAAGUGAUAAUUUGUCUGUUUUAUAAGAGAUUAUUUUAUUUAUUUAUUUUUCAUAUAU